GAACCUAAGCCCGUUUUUAGUUGGAUUUUUAGUCUUGAACGCGCAACAGUGUUAUUACAUUUGUGAAACAGAUAGAUAGAUAUGGAGUGUCUAUCCUUUGAUCCAUUAAGCAAAACGCUUACUUUAAAAAAAACUUCGAUUCCGAUACCAAAACCCGACGAAGUGCGAAUAAAAGUCGCUUACUCGGGAAUUUGUGGAACAGAUUUACAUAUCUUGGAAGGUGCAUUUACAUGUAAAGAUGAUGGUCCUUUUGUUCUUGGACAUGAAUUUUGUGGUACAGUUGACGAAAUUGGAAGUGCUGUAACUAAUUUUAAGAUUGGUCAAAGAGUUACAGUAGAUCCUAACAGUGGAUGUCAUAAAUGUACCGAUUGUCAUAUUGGAAAUUAUCAUUUUUGCCGAGUUGGUGGAUUAAGAAACACUAUCGGUAUUUAUCGAAAUGGUGGUUGGGCGACUCAUGUCCUUGUUCCAGAAUCUCAGGUACACUUAAUACCGGAUAAAGUCCAAAUGCAUCAAGCUGCACUUACAGAACCAUUAUCUUGUUUGGCUCAUGGAUUGAAAAGGAUUGGUACGAUACAUGUAGGAUAUCAAGUACUGAUUAUUGGUGCAGGUAUUAUUGGUCUUUUUUGGUCUUGCUUGUUACACUUACGUGGAUUAAGAAAUACGGUAACAAUUAGUGAACCUCAAGAAAAAAGAAGAAAGAUAGCUUCCAAACUUGGUUUAAAUUACAAGCUAAAAGAACCUAAUCAACUUGCAAACGAUCAGUUUGAUUUAGUAGUGGACUGUAGUGGUUCUGGUCCUGCUAUGGAAACAGCUAUGCAAUUGUUAAAACCUGGUGGUUGUCUUUGCAUGUUUGGUGUAGCUAAUCCUAAAGCAAAAAUGUCCAUCGAACCAUAUCAAAUAUUCAAAAAGGAACUGAGUAUUGUGGGUGUGAAUAUAAAUCCUCACACAUUUCCUAGAUCAUUAUCUCUUUUGGAAGCUAUGGCUGAUCAAUAUUUAGAUUUUGAUAAAUUAGGUAUUAAAGUUUAUACUCUUUCCCAAUACCGUGAAGCUUUGGAAACACUUAAAAAAGGUGAUAUCAGUAAAGCUAUAUUUAAAUUAUAAUUUUUAUAUAUAGCUCAUUAACCAAAUUAGGAAAAGAUGACUUAAAAAAUUAUUUGCAUUACGCUAGUAUCAAUUAUACGCAUUACAAAUUUUAUUCAAAUUA